UCACAGAAGAACAGAGCAAUGAACACACACAGACUCCACCCCCAGCCCAUCUGACUCCAGGAAGUGCCCUCCUCUGGGAGGAGGCUGAGGUCUGGCAAUAAAAGCAGAGCAGACACCAGAGGAGCCCAGCUUGGCUGCUAGCAGCCUGAGAGACAAACCUCCUCUCCAGAGGAAGAGCCUAGCCUACAGUAGAAACUAUGUUGCUUACUUCAGCCCCUCUCCACAAAGGACAGGUCUCCUGGAGAGGACUCCUGCUCACAGUCUCUCUUUUAACCUACUGGGAUUCUCCUACCGCUGCCCACUACUUCACUGCUAAAGCAUUUCCACCCGUUGUUGCUGUAGGGAAUAACUUUCUUCUAGUUGCCUAUGAUCUGCCGUUACAAUUCAUUCGCUUUCACUGGUACAAGGAGGAAGUUUUCAUAGCCUCAUAUGCUCCACGAAAUAAUUCAACAGAAUAUAAUGAUAAAUACAAAGAUAAAACAACAAUGUACAACAAUGGAUCCCUACUAUUCAGGAAUGUCAGUAAGGAUGACAGAGGAAGAUACAUAGCAAAACUGACGAAUCUACAAUUUGCUAGUUUUUAUUAUUCUUUGAAAAUUGAAGUAUUCUAUGCAGUGACUCCACCCUUCAUCAAAAUCAACCAAACCAUAGAUAAUGACCGAGUCUCUUUGUUUCUGAAGUGCCCGUCAAUCGACAUUGAUAACUUCAUUAAUUGGUACUACAAUGGCGAGAUGGUGAGGAUCACGAAUAGGAUAACUCUGACUGAUUACAACCGCACCCUCCAAAUAGUCCCUGCCAGGAGAGAGGAUUCUGGGUACUAUCAAUGUGUGAUAGUCAAUGGAAUCGGUAGUAACCAGAGUCCCCACACCCCGGUGGACGUAAUAGAACCAGUGAUUAAACCCUCCAUCCAACUCACCAACACCACGGUCAAAGACCUGACCUCUGUGAUCCUGAAGUGCUUGUCAAACGACCCUGGGAUCUCAAUCCAUUGGCUCUUCAAAGGCCACAGUCUGAGAAUCACAAAUGAGAUGAAGUUGUCCUCGAACAACAGCACCCUCGAAAUAGUCCCUGCCAGGAGUUCGCAUUCCGGGGACUAUCAGUGUGAAGUAUCCAAUCCAGUCAGUUCCCAGAGGAGUGACCCCAUCCAGGUGGACAUAAUAGAUCCAGUGAGCCCACCCUCCAUUCAAGUCACCAACACCACAGUCAAAGUCCUGACCUCUGUGUUCCUGAACUGCUUGUCAAACGACACUGGGAUCUCAAUCCAUUGGCUCUUCAAAGGCCAGAGUGUGGAGCUCACAGACAGAAUGAAGCUGUCCGAGAACAACAGCACCCUCCAAAUAGACUCCGUGAGGAUUGAAGAUUCCGGGGAUUAUCAGUGUGAAGUAUCCAAUCAAGUCAGUUCCAAGAGGAGUGACCCCAUCCAGCUGGACAUAGUAGAACCAGUGACUAAACCCUCCAUCCAAUUCACCAACACCACGGUCAAAGGCCUGACCUCUGUGUUCCUGAAGUGCUUGUCAAACGACACUGGGAUCUCAAUCCAUUGGCUCUUCAAAGGCCACAGUCUGAGGAUCACGAAUAGGAUGAGGCUGUCUCCGAACAACAGCACCCUUGAAAUAGUCCCUGCCAGGAGUUCGCAUUCCGGGGACUAUCAGUGUGAAGUAUCCAAUCCAGUCAGUUCCCAGAGGAGUGACCCCAUCCAGGUGGACAUAAUAGAUCCAGUGACUCCACCCUCCAUCCAAGUCACCAACAACACAGUCAAAGAUAUGCUCUCUGUGUUCCUGAACUGCUUGUCAAACAACACUGGGAUCUCUGUCCAUUGGCUCUUCAAAGGCCAGAGUGUGAAGCUCACAGACAGGAUGAAGCUGUCCCACAACAACCGAACCCUCCAAAUAGACUCUGUGAGGAUUGAGGAUUCUGGGGACUAUCAGUGUGAAGUAUCCAAUGAAGUCAGUUCUAGGAGGAGUAACCCCAUCGAGCUAGACAUAAUAGGUGGACGUCGACUUUCAUUGCAGAGUAUUAUUGUCAUUGUUUCCCAAUGUCUGAUGGGGCUGAUUGCAGUAAUAUUUGUACUGGUUUUCCUGUGGCGCAGACAUCGUGGCAGGGAGCCACAAAUUGAGAACAAUAUUAAACAAGAGGACAAUGAGCCAACCAACCUCAAUGAAACCUCAAAAGCAGCCUCAAAUGUGAAACCUCAAAAGGAAAAGAAGCCAAAAGUAAAUUCUCAACCAAAUUACCACCCACAGCACCAGCUAGAAAACAGCCAAUAUGAUGGGGUAAAAGGAUCAGAGGCUAGGAGGGGCUGGUUAGAUUGGAAAAGGAGGCAGCACCAAGAAAGGCAGUGGCAGACAUGACACCAUUGUGUGAACACACAGCAAGGACACCAGGCAGCUCCCAGGAAACAUUGGCUCCCAGGGUCCUUCCCAACUGAGGAACCAAACGACAGUG